AUGUAUUUAGAAUCAUUAGCAAAUGAAUUAUUACUUUAUUUAUUUGAAUAUUUGGAUGGAAUUCAUUUACUUCGUACUUUUUAUAAUUUAAAUUCUCGAUUUAAUCAUUUACUUUUUAAUCAUUUUCGAGCUUAUCGUUUUGAUUUUCGUUCAAUAUCUAAAUAUGAAUUUGAUAUUAUUUGUCGAAAUUAUCUUCCAUCAAUAAUUGAUCAAAUUAUUUCAUUAACUAUUUCUGACGAUGAUGAAACACCUAAUCUAUCUGAAAUAUUUCUUUCAUAUAAUUUUACUCUUGAUAAAUUUACUCAUUUACAAUCACUUACACUUUAUUCAAUUCAAUCAUUUGAUCAAUUAAAUCAAAUCAUAUUUCAAUGUUGUCAACUUCCUUAUUUAACACAUCUUUAUAUGAUUGAUGGUUAUAAUGAUAAUAAAAAAAAUGAUAUUCAAUUAUUAAUCAAUAAUAUUUGGAGUUUACCAAAACUUCAUUAUUUUUAUAUAAAUUAUAAUUCAUCAAGUAAAAUAUGGUUAAAUAAAAUUUCAAUUAUUUCAUUAUCAAUUGAAAAAAUAUUUAUUGAAAAUAUUCCAUGUACAUUACAAGAUCUUUCACAUCUAUUUAAAUAUACACCUUCACUUCGAUAUCUUAAUACAACUAUUUAUUUUAAUUUAGAAGAUGAACAAAUAUCUAUUGUAACAUCAUCAAUAACAUCAUUAAAAUUAACAUUUGAAAGUUCUGUACCUGUUAUGAUAAAUCUUUUUCAAAUGAUGCCAAAUUUAUAUUCAUUAACAUUAAAAACAAUGGAUAUUUAUUUAAAUGGUAAUAAAUGGAAAAAAAUUCUUAUGAAAUAUUUAAGUAAAUUAAAAAUUUUUCAAUUACGAAUGUAUUUUCAAUUUUUAAGUCAUAAAACUAUUGAUGAAGAACUUAAUAAAUUAAUUGAUACAUAUAAAAAUUCAUUUUGGAUUGAUAAACAUCAAUGGUUUAUUCAAUGUGAUUGUAUACCAUUUGGAACAUAUUAUCAUGGUAUACUUUAUACAUUACCAUAUGCAUUUGAUACAUUUGUUUAUUAUGAUAUAUCAAAAUCAAAAUAUACUUGUCCUAAUGAAAAAAUUUAUUGGUUAUAUAAACGAGUUAAAUGUUUACAAUAUAUGACAUAUAAAAUGAAUACAAUUGAUAAUUUAAAUAUAUUACCAAUACAAUUUCCAAAUAUUCAACAUUUAAAAAUCGGUAUUCCUUUUGAUGAUAAUUUUUGGUUAGUUAUUUCAUCAUUACAUCGAUUAACUACACUUGAAGCUAUAUUAGGUGAAAAUUAUAAUUAUUCUCAAUUACAAACAUUACUUAAUUUAUCAUCUUGUCUUUAUUCACUAAGACUUUUGUAUUCAAUUGAUUUCAAAAUAUUACUUGAACAAAUUAGAAGUCGAUCAAUUCGUCAUCUUAAUUUUAUAACUAAAUCUUCAUCAAAUAGAACACAUUUUAAUACUAUUGAAUGUAAUAUUUUAGCUUAUUCACAACUUGGAUAUCAAUGUGAAGUUCUUUUAAUUAGAGUUGAAAAUCGAAUAAAUAUUUUAAAUCUUAUUAAAACAAUGAAAAAUCUUCGAUCAUUAAUUGUUCAAUGUAAUGAUGAUAUAUGGAAUAAUAAAUAUAUUUCAUCAAUUAAUGAUGAACUUAUUGAAUGGUUACGUAUGUGUUUACCAUCGACAUAUUCAAUAACAAGAGAUAAAAAUGAAGUGUUAAAUAUUCGAAUAUGGAUUAGUAAAAAUGAAAACAAUACACUUUUAUUAUAA